CAGGGUGGGAGACGGAGAAAGACGUUGAUCUCGUCAUCGCGAAGCGCUGGAUGUCACUACGUCAUUGCAAAGCAAGGCGUACGUGUGCGGACGUACGUAGUCAUCGUUUGUGCCUGGCGUAAACUCGCGCGGCAAAGUGACUACCCCGAAGUGCAGCGGUGAUAAGAAGAUACAGCCACGCGACGUGAUCGUUAGCAUAAAUGACAAGCGCAGCCAAGGCAUCGAACUGAGGACGAUUUCUGAUCUAACUAACGGAAACAACAACAGCUCUGCUGAGUACGCGGACGUUAAUAAGCAGAUUCUGACCACUAGUCUGACGCAUCACUAUGCUGCAGUGAUGGACAGCGAGGGCACGUUGGGCCGCGGCCAUGCAAAUGGGGGCCGUGGGCUGCGCCGUCAGCGGUCCCUAGAAUGGAGAGAACGGCGCGGUUAUGGAGUCGGUGGCCAAUCCAGCAGUGAUGAUGAAGAUAACGCACGUCACGCUGUGGGGCCCGUGUCAAGUUCAUCCGUUACAAGAGGCGCUCGUAGUCCCGGUCAGGUCUUUGCCUCCAUUUUGGCGCAACAAUAUGGCAAUGCGGGAGACAGAUCGUACCGUACGGGAUCCGACACGGAAGGCGCAGCAACUACGGACAACCCUACAACGCCAUUUCCUACGCCGCCCCCAACCUUGACACCGAAUCAUCGGCAAGCUUCUCCGUUUCCCCUCGAAAGCACAAACUCUCGCCGGCAUCAUUAUAACGGCAGCAUAUCUUCCGAGAGAUCUCGCAACGGCAAUGGUGAGACCGUUUACGCGGCGUCCACAAAAAAGACGGCUUCCGGCGGCGGUACCUUAGGUCGAAGAACACGGCGAGGUCACGCAAGCGCCUUGAGCAGUAGCUCGACAGCGAGCGAUCGUUCCGAAACCGUCUUCCCCGAUGAACACACUCGCAUGCAUCUCACUAAUGAUACCGGUAGGGAUUCUCCUCCGGAGCCCGCGCCACCGGAAGUACCGCCACGUGGACCGUCUUUACACGCAACGCAUACUUUACGCACGCAACAAAACCGAAAUGGUUGCCCACCGAAUGCAUCAGGAAGUUUCACUGUGCCAAGUGACCAAAUACCAACCGAGACGUAUUCGGAGUACUUGAUGUCAGGAAGUCCACGGAGUUAUCCAGCACGAUCCCCGGGGGUCGCUUCCACGCCAACCGUGACCAGGCUUCCGCCACCGCAACAGCAGGUGACGGUGGGUUCUCUGGGCGGCGGUUUAGGCGGUGCCGGAAAUGGCGGUACUGCCACGGUAGGCGCGCAAGGCCAAGCCAUGGUGAUGCCAGGUUUUCCUCUUCGUGCCGCAGCGGUGCCGCACUAUUCCCCGUAUUCACCAUCGCGCUUUCACAUCGACAAACGUUGUCAGCACAGGUGCUCUUGGAAAUGCUUCUCGAUCGCUCUGAUCCUCCUGGCUGUGGCGCUGACGGCGAUGCUGGCGUACUUUGCUGCAGUGAGCUCUAUGCGCCCGAUAGACAGCACUAACUGCAUUCUGGUUCAAGAUAUCAAGGCUGUCACUCACGAAAACGCACACAUCCACGACUCGAUAUCCACGCAGAUCCCCACAGAAGAAUCCCUGCCUACGAGUACGGCGGAGCAUUCGAGCGCCGCGGACAGCGCCGGUGAUCAACAGAGCGAUCCGCAGAUCCAGCAAUCGGCGCAGCAAUGGCCAGCCGUGCUCGAGCUGCAGGCCUACAACGUCGCGCACUCCGCCAUUAUUCAGCCGUACCAUUUUUGGAACACGGAGUUCCGUAACAAGCAGCCAGCUUUCAUCAGGCUGAACUUGACCCUACCAUGGGGUGCGAAUUUCGCAGUGUACGGCAGACGGAACGUCGCGCCCAGCGUCACGCAGUACGAUUUCGUGGAGUUCGUCAAAGGUGGCAGAGUGGUCCACAGGUUGAAGAGGGACAUCACUGCCGUCAGUUUUAUGCAGUCCACCAAUCCGCAAGACAUCCACGUGGAGCGCGUGCCGCAACCGGUCGCGCUUUAUCAACACGUGCUCAUUAAGAGGACCAUUGUGGAACCACUGAUGGUCAAUGUCAGUCUACUGCAGUACUUUGACACCGGUGACUGGUUCCUGUCCGUAUAUAACGAUGAGUUGCAGCCUUACAAGGUUACUUUGGUCGUGACGGAAGCCGAAGGGGUUUCCACUACGUGUCCCAAUGACUGCUCCGGACGUGGAUCGUGCUACCUUGGCAAAUGCGAUUGUAUAGACGGAUAUCAGGGUGCUGAUUGCAGCAAAAGCGUGUGUCCGGUUUUGUGUUCUUCGCACGGACAAUAUGGUGGUGGUGUGUGUCACUGCGAGGAGGGUUGGAAAGGCGCGGAAUGCGACAUACCGUUAGGUGACUGCCAAGUUCCUGACUGUAAUCAGCAUGGCCAGUGCGUUAGAGGAUCUUGCGUCUGUAAUCCCGGCUGGAAGGGCAACUUUUGCGAUGAACCCGACUGCUCUGAUCCGAACUGCAGCGGCCACGGCGCUUGUGUCUCCGGCAAGUGUUACUGCAAGGCCGGCUGGCAGGGCGAGCGGUGCAAUCAGGUUGAUCAGCAGGUGUACCAGUGUCUGCCCGGCUGCUCCGAUCACGGCACGUACGACCUCGAAUCUGCGGCCUGCGUUUGCGAGGAGCAUUGGACGGGGGUCGAUUGCUCGCAGCCGAGUUGCGGUCUAGACUGCGGACUUCAUGGAUCCUGCGAGCAAGGCCGCUGCAAAUGCCACGAUGACUGGACUGGAACGAAAUGCGAUCAAAAACCGUGUGAUUUGCGUUGCGCCGAGCAUGGUCAAUGCAAAAAUGGAACCUGCGUGUGCAGCCAAGGGUGGAACGGAAGGCAUUGCACAUUACCCGGAUGUGAGAAUGGAUGUAGCCGCCAUGGAUUGUGUACCCUACAGGAUGGCGAAUACAGUUGCGAAUGUUCAACCGGGUGGGCCGGCAGAGAUUGCAGCAUACGACUCGAAUUGGAAUGUAAUGAUUACGUUGACAAUGACGAAGAUGGCAUGAUGGACUGCUCUGAUAGUGAGUGCUGUUCGCACGAAGCUUGUUCAGAACAUAUCAUGUGCCUUGCUAGUAAUAAUCCCGUGGACGUUCUUCUCCGAAAACAACCACCCAGCGUCACAGCGUCCUUCUAUCAACGAGUAAAGUUCCUCGUCGAGGAGAACAGCGUACAGAGCUACGCCCACAUGGACGAGUACACGGAAAGCCCGGGCCCUAGAUCGACGCCGAUGGAAUCUCCUCUCGUUGUCGGUCCAGGCGAUCCUUUCGACCCUGGUUACACCGAACUGAUAAGAGUUUCCCUCGGGUUGCUCCAUCAGGGUGCCCGCGCCAAGGGUGGUGUCAUGGGACACCAUCCCCGUCGAGUUGCGGUGAUGCGAGGCCAAGUUGUUACCGAACAAGGACUCGGAAUAGUAGGCAUCAGAGUGUCCGUGGACAGGGACUCGCGCUUUGGAUUCACCUUGACUAGAACAGACGGAUGGUUCGACGUCCUGGUCAAUGGUGGAGGCGCCGUGACGCUUCAAUUCCAGCGCAGCCCCUUCAAACCCCUUACGAGGACCGUCUUCGUACCCUGGAAUCAGAUCGUGGUCCUGCCACCCGUUGUGAUGAUUCUUAGCAAGGAAGGCGAAUCGUAUAAAUCUAACCAGCCGCCGAGCCCGGCAGUUGGCUUCCCAGGGAUUUCGAUGGGACUCUUUAGCGAGCACGGUCCCUGCUUGGAGCACGAUCACGAGACACUACGACCAAUUAUUGUUAGCACGUGGAUGCCUGAGAAAGUUGGCGGUUUGCCUGGGAAGAGCUUGGUCUUUGCUGAAAGUCAAAUCGUGCAGGAAAGCAUCGCUAUUCCGGGCUCCAAUCUCCACUUGAUGUAUCAAAGCAGUCAGGCUGCGGGCUAUCUCUCUACCGUGAGGAUGCAACUGACCGGGCCGUUCAUUCCGAAAUCGCUGACGCACGUACACGUGCACGUGGAGAUCGAGGGCUCGCUUCACACGAAAACGUACGAGGCCGACCCGAAUCUGACACACACGUUUGCCUGGAACAAGAGAAACGUUUACAAGCAGAAGGUGUACGGCGUGGCGCAGGCGAGGAUCUCGAUCGGUUAUCAACAUUCCACUUGUCCGUCGGUGAUAUGGGAGACGCAGACGGCCACUUUGCAGGGAUUCGACGUCGAUAUCUCCGAUAUCGGUGGAUGGGGACUCGACAUCCAUCACCAUUACAACUUUCACGAGGGGAUCCUGCAGAAAGGCGAUGGCUCUACUCUACAUUUCAAACAGUAUCCGCGCACUGUGAAAGUGGUAAUGGGCACUGGUCUCCAAAGAAGUUUGGUGUGUCAGAAUUGUGACGGUCUCGCUAAGGAUGCUAGACUCCUGACGCCAGUGGCACUCGCCAGUGGACCUGAUGGUAGCAUAUAUGUCGGAGAUUUCAAUCUCGUGCGCAGAAUCACUCCCGAAGGAAAGGUUUACACCGUUCUGAUUUUGAGUGCGACUCAAGUGGCGUAUCAGUAUUAUCUGUGCAUCUCGCCUGCUGAUGGACACUUGUAUAUCAGCGACCCAGAGAAACAUCAGAUAUUGAAAGCACUUUCGUUGGAACAAGUCCAAGAUCCAAGCAUUAAUAUCGAGCCCGUUGUUGGAAGUGGUGAGAGAUGUAUUCCAGGUGACGAGGGUCACUGCGGCGAUGAAGGUCCGGCCAUCCAUGCAAAAUUGGCUCAUCCUAAAGGAAUCGCAAUUGCGGCCGAUAAAACGAUGUACAUUGCUGAUGGAACGAAUAUUCGUGCUGUCGAUCCUCGAGGAAUCAUACAUACUCUCGUGGGACAUCAUGGUCAUCAUAAUCAUUGGUCGCCUGCUCCCUGCAUCGGAGCCAUUCCCGCACAUCAGGCUCAGUUACAAUGGCCCACCGGAUUAACCCUAAGCCCAUUGGAUGGAUCUCUGCAUUUCAUCGACGACAGGCUAGUCUUGAAACUCACCAGCGAUCUGAAGGUGCGUGUAGUCGCUGGCACGCCUCUUCACUGUACCAGCAAUGCAAAUAACAACAAUGGCAACGAUGAACUUCCGAAACUAAACUCCUCGUUGACGACGAAUUUGAAAAAAUCAGACGAGGUUCUCGGGUCGGUGUUGGCUGUCGGUUUCAGUCCAACCGGCGAGCUGUACAUAGCGGAUCGCGAUUCUCAUCGAGUGAACUCUAUUAGAAUCGUCGAUUCCUCCGGUAAAAUGUCACACUUCGCGGGUCAACAACAGGAAAGACUGCGCGGUCAAUGCGAAUGCAACAAUACUACACCCAGCACCAAGGACUUGGACACGUGCACCUGCACGGACGAUACUAGCAGCACCGAAACGCUCCUCUCUUCAAACGCCAAGUUUACUGCAAUAUCUGCUCUGGCGGUUUCACCAGACGGUGUCUUGCACGUAGCUGAUCAGGGCAGUCUUCAUAUCCUGGCUCUCCAGCCGUACCUUCCGAACCACGAUGAGAACGGGGAGUUCCGCAUCCCAUUCCCACCUUCGAACGAAAUCUACGUGUUCAAUCGCUACGGUCAACACAUUUCCACGAAGGACUUGACAUCUGGAAAAACCCGUUACUCCUUCUUGUAUAGCAAGAACACGAGUUUCGGCAAGUUGUCCACGGUGACGGACAGCGCGGGUAAUAAGAUUCAAUUCCUGCGAGAUUACAGCAGCGUCGUUAGCUCUAUUGAGAAUACUCAGGAUCAUAAAUCCGAAUUGAAAAUCUCCGCGGUUGGAUUCCUGGAGAAAUUGUCUGAACGUGGCAGAGCGGAGAUUGCUCUUGGUUAUGACGGUUCAACAGGCUUGCUCACCAGUCGAUCAGGAGGAGAUGAAACAUACAUAUACAAUUACGACAGUCUAGGACGUGUCACCGAUGUAAUACUGCCGACAGGCGAGAAAUUGAAAUUAUUAUCGGACUUAUCUGACGACGAAGGUCUAUUGGUUAAAGUGUCUGCUCCCUUACAAGCUUUAUCUAAAGGUGAUAAACAGCGAAUCGUAGAAUUUGAAAUGAAAAAUGAGAAGUCGAAGAUGUUGACAGUCACUGACGGCACCAAACUCAUGAAAGCGAUUGCAUUUACAAACAGCAGCCUGGAAGUGCUUCUGCCUGGUGGUGGUAGAGUACUUAGCGCGGCGACAACAAAACAUCCGCUAUUAAAGCCGGCUUUGCCGGUAGAAGCAGAAAUGCUACCUAUGUGGAGCUAUCAAUUGAUGUCAUUGGGCGAAUUAACAAAUACCAUGACGACGACGUACAAUUUGGUCGGAGAAGUUAGCCACCCUCAGCAAACGCUUAACAGAGAGAUCUGGGUGAACGACACGCGAGUGAUAAGCGUCGAAUUCGAGCAAGCAUUCAGCCGUGAGACAUUUUAUGAUAAGGCGGGAACUCCCCUAUUGACGGUGACCUUCGACCUGGCCGGUUUACCCUUGAUCUGGCAACCGUACGAGCAGGGUCAUAAUCUCAGCAUUACUUACGAUCGAUUUAACAGGAUCGACAGUUGGAAAUGGGGUGCCUCCGACGAAUCAUAUGCCUACGACCGACAUGGUCAACUGGCAGAGAUCACCAAUAGCAAGGACGGCACGAAACGAUAUACUUACAACGACUUCAACAUGCUGUCCAAGAUCACGCUUGCCAGCAACAGACAGUUCUCAUUGCAAUAUGAUGAUGAUGGUGGAUUACGACAUAUCAUUUUACCGUCUGAAACCAAACAUUCCUUCUCCUGUCAGGCUUCUCUUGGUUUCCUUAGAGUGACAUACACUCCACCUGGCAGCACUAGAGCCUAUCUGCAGCACUACAGUCACGAAGGGAACCUGCUGCAAACUGUAUUUCCGGGAGACGGAGCUCGAAUCGUCUACAGAUAUCAUACAUCGGGACAAUUAGCAGAGGUCGUUCACGGUGACGGCAAAAGCGAGAUCAGAUACACGGAGAGUGGACUACCUUCCGAAGUUAUACACUCCGAGAGGGACGUGGAGUACAAAUGGGAUUAUCAAUAUAGUGCAGGACUUCUGGUAGAGGAGCGAAUAGACUUCGGCGCCAAGACUGGUCUGAGCAACGCCAAAUUUACGUUCGAAUAUGAUUCGAAUUUCCGCCUGAUCGCGGUACAGGGUAGAAUAGGCGGCCAGACGCUGCCACCACACACCAUGGCUUACAGUCCGAGGUCGGGUACGUUGGAGCAAAUCGGUCAGUUUAAAGUGACGAGGCCGCAGUCGAACGAGACGACUGUGUUUGACGGUACCGCAUUGUUCUCGCGCACCACAGACGACCGAUUCCUAGAAACUCAAGUCACAGUGACGAUCCAUCGAAUGGAGGUGUUCAGAAUGGAGUUUACGCACGAUUCACGCGGUCGCAUCAAUCAGACGAGAACGUACACGCGUAACGUCGCCGUUAAUACGUACACCAACGUAAAGAAUUACACAUGGGACUGCGACGGUCAGUUAACCGGUGUAGAAGCGCAGGAACCAUGGGGUUUCAAGUACGACGCCAACGGUAAUAUGUUGUCGCUCACAUAUCGAGGUAACACGAUCCCAAUGGAGUACAAUGCCAUGGACCGAAUAGUCAAGUUCGGCGAAGGUCUCUACAAGUACGACAACCGGGGUCUGGUAGUACAGAAUGCGAGAGAGGAGAGAUUCAAUUACAACGCCAAGGGUCUCCUUGUGCGCGCCACCAAACGUGGUCGUUUCGACGUGCGAUACUAUUACGAUCACCUGGAUCGCCUAGCCACAAGGAAAGAUAAUUACGGCAAUGUCACACAGUUCUUCUACAACAAUCAGAAACGACCGCACGAAGUGAGCCAGAUAUACAGCCCGCGCGAUGGUAAACUGAUGUCGCUGGUCUACGAUGACAGAGGACAUCUUAUUUACGCACAAGUAUACCGGCACAAAUAUUACAUUGCCACUGAUCAGUGUGGAACACCCAUUAUGAUCUUUAAUCAGUACGGCGAAGGCAUCAGAGAAAUUAUGCGAUCGCCUUAUGGCCACAUCGUUUACGAUUCGAAUCCAUAUCUUUACUUACCGGUGGACUUCUGCGGAGGACUUCUAGAUCAGGUCACCUCCCUCGUUCACAUGCCAAAUGGUAAGGUUUACGACCCGCUAAUAGGCCAGUGGAUGUCACCGCUCUGGGAAAACGUUUUGGAUCGCGUAGACAAACCAACGCACCUACAUCUUUAUAGAUUUAACGGUAACGAUCCAAUUGACGUCAGACACACGGACAGACCAAGUCAACCAACUGAUCACAUAUCAUGGCUGUCGCAUCUCGGAUACGACCUGAAGAGUUUAGCACCGCAGCUAUUCCCGGAUGAGUUACCGGAAAGCCUCGUUCCGCGAGCGCUUGGUCCAGGAACUUCUAUAUUCGGUAAAAAGAAAAGAACACGCAAUCUGGGCGUUCAAUCUGGUUUCCUCGCGCACAUCGCCCAACGGCAUUCAGGCGACGCGGUGAGCCUGUCUGCACCACCACGAUCUGCCUUGAAGAAGGAUACGAGCGAGCUGAUACCAAGUCGUCUAGGUGCGGCGUCCGAUCCGCCGUUCGGUAAAGGUAUCCUGGUAUCGAGAACUGCUGAUGGCCAGGCGGUGGUGUCCAGCGUACCCAGCGCUAACGCUAUUUAUGGCGACGUGUUUACAUCCGUGUUCAACCGCUCGUACUUCCUGCCAUUUACGUUCGUCGUGCACAGCGCACAGCAGGACGCCUUCUACUUCGUCAAAGAGGAAACCUGGCGUGCCAGCGAGGAUCGUGGUCAGCUGAAACGAUUAGGAGGUCAAGUAAACACCACGUUCCAUGAGAACGAGAAUGGUAGUGGUAGUAGUUCGUUAAUCGAUGUGAAGAUACACGGUGCCAGCUAUGUGGUGAACUUGCGUUACGGUACCACGGCAGAGAAAGAAAAGCAGAGACUACUGCAUCACGCUAAGGCGACCGCUAUCAGGAAGGCAUGGCAUCGGGAACGUGAAGCCCUUAAAACGAACACUCCCACAUCCGUCGAGUGGAUGGUUGCCGAACAGGAUGAGAUACUGAAAGUCGGCCUCGCAUCUAAUUACGAGGGCGAGUACAUACACGACGCGCAACAGUAUCCCGAGCUCGCGGAGGACCCUUACAACAUUAGGUUCGUGAAGAAGGCCGUCGAUCAGUCGAGCAAGAAACGACGCAGGAGGAGAGGCGCGCCGUCCUGUAAGCUCUGGUGGUUAGAUAAAAUGUGCUAGAGCAAUUUGAGAGUCAGUCGUAUCGUCCCCUCACACGGGGACAUUGUCCAGUAUCGAAGCCGCGGGACUUUCGAGUGAGCGACACCGACAGGUAAAGAGGUAAAAAGAAAAACCGGAAACGUGAAAGUCGACGGAAGGAGGUAAAAAAAUGCCGCUGUAGCACGCUGUAGCGCAGCGUCCGUAUAUAUAUGCACGCGCAUAUAUAUAAACGUACUGAAAACUAUCAAAAAGUUUUAUACCAAAGUCUAUUUGUGUAUUUCAAAGAUGCCAAAAACACUAUAACGUUAUAUUAUAUAUAAUAAAUAUAUAUACCACAAGGGGUGUAUAGGGUACGUAGGGUGUAAGAGCGUUAAGCGCACGCGGAGGAACGCGGGUUUCACCGAGUAUUCGCUCCACGGACCAGCUGCGCGACCGAUCCGCGAUUGGCAAAUCCGCGAAAGCCUUAUAAGCGACGUCGGGAGAGGAGAGAAUGAGAAUCGAGAGUGUGCCGGAUUUCAGACCAUGCGAGCCUGGAAGGGAAAGAGGAGGAACAUUGUGAAAUUUCCUUUAGGAGUCCGACGUGACGUGAACGCAGCUAAUAAUCAGCUUACAGGUUUGAAUUAAAUUCCAGAAUGUGAAGUUACUGAUUACGUUCGUACGAGGCAAGGCCGGCAAGCUCGUGGAGCUUGCGCUCGAGGCCUAAAGUAAAUGAUAGACCGUGGUGCCGCGCGUGCAAAUCGUGCACGGUACACCGCAUCGAUACAAGGUAAUUAUAGUUAUAACGCGAAGAGUGAGGAGAAAGAAGAGAGAAGAAGAGGCCAUUCAUAGUUGAGAAUGACGAAAAAGAGAGAGAGUGAGAGAAACUAGUCAAUACAUAGCUUUACAUUGACAUAGCAGCCUUCUUCGGCGUAGGAUAAAUGCGAGGAUAGUGAGAAUCGGGAGGAGCGAUGCUGUUGACGACGACGUUGACAACGACGUUGACGAGCCACGUGUGUGCGCUGCCCACGAUAUUUUAACGUCGUACUUAGAAAAAAAGCAACGGCGGGUGUGAUGCAAGUACGGUAUUCGCACGAUGACGAAUACGAUGCAGAAAACGGCGGCGAGCGCGAAAAUAAAUCUCAACCAUGAAUGGCCUUGGCGAGAAGUGACAGAGGAUUGAGGAAGAGGAAUCGGAGGAGAGACGAUCCUCACGUAUCCUUGAAGGACUAGGAGCCAACGAUCGUGCGGACUCGAUCGUGCGGUCUCGAGCUUGAAUUCCGUUCGCGGCUUUAGACAAUUAAGGACGAGACGAAUUUGUAUUAUAAAGUGGUGCUUUUCUUGUAUGGCGAGAGAAUGAAGAGAGUGAAAGAGAGGCGGAGUGAGAGGUGAUCGAGCGAGGAUGAGCGUGCAUGAGGUCGUCGAAUACCAAUAGCGAGACUAAACGUAUUUUUAACAUGUGGAUGUGUCCUAUCCGUAGCGUAAGCGUUCCCGAUCGUCACCGAUCGGUGAUCUAAUAUCGCAUUGUCGUGCGCGCGAGUGUGUGGGAAAAUAGUCGCUCGGGAUCGACGGUGGGUAUCCUUCGAUGACUCUCGGAGAUGAUCGCGGAGGGAAAUGCGAGCCGGGCGUGCGAGCCGAUGUCUGCGUAUAAACCGGAAACGGAGGAAAUUUGCAAGAGGGAUAAACUCAUUAUCGGUAAAAAUAAUACGUAUACAAUAUCGCAUAUUUGUGCUUGCUGGAUAUGAACGUAACGGACGUUAACUAUGUUUCCUUAUUGAAAAUACUAAGUAUGUGUAUCUCCAAAAUUACUGCCCGUCAAGUAACGAUCGUUUCGCCCGUGUAUAUGUGUAUGUGUGUGUAUGUAUGUAUGUGAGUAUGUGUGUGUGCGCCGAUCGCCUGCGCACAAAAACCCAUAUACGUGCAUCGAACCAUCUUUAACGUCGAAAAUUCCUCUCAUUAUCAUCCCAUCGAUCCUCCUCCUUCUCCCAUUCCUCACAUUUCCCUUCAUCUUCCAAACUCCAUGAAGAUUCCGAAUCUGUCGAUUUGUCGCACGUAUUGUUUGUUCGCGUCUCCACGAACGUUCGUACUCGCCAUUGAUAUUUUGCAACGCGGCUUUAGAGACGGUGCCGUUUAUGGAUAGUUAGUGGCACAACGACAUUGCUGUCUGAAUAGAUGAAGAAUAAAAAAUGUUAUCUAUAUGCUGAGUGUAUAAAAAAGUAUAUAUAUAUAUAUAGAGCGAGAGAGAGAGCGAGAGAGAGAGAGAGAGAUUUAGGGAAGCUUCGUAAUGUAUUUUUAACUCGAGCGAGUGUUUAGAUUUAUAACACCCAACAACGCAAAAUCGUGAAAGACUUCCGAGAGAUAGUCAAACGAUGUGUGAAAAAUUAGGCCGUCUUUACGGCUUCUUUUACGGUGUCAUGUUGCCUGGGCAAUUUUAAACCGCGGUCCAAGACGAGCUCCUCCUGUCGGAGGCACGCGCGCUCGCACGUGCCAACGAGGUCGCAAGGGCGAUCCUUUUUGUACAUUUCAGGUCCUCGUUUGCACGCGCGAAACGACACGCGAAAACGGAACUCACUAAAAUCGCGCCGUGAAUACCUAUCCCCGCGCGUUGCUCAUCAUUGCGUUUCUCUGGCAGACGGCCGCGCGAACGGGCUCGAUCGUCGAGCCGCAUUCCUCCCUCGCUUAUCUAAGCGUAACCGACACGAUUCUAUUUCGCUUUGUUUUAACUUCAUCUUUAGAAAGCACUCAUAUAUGAAAAUAGCGAAAAUUUUAAAAUCUAUUAAUUAAUUAAUUAAUUAAUCUCGAAUAAUUUGCUGUGACUAUAUUAAAUCGAUUUCUUAGAAGCAAUCGCUUUAAAAUCGUGUUUAAAUUCAAUAAUAAUACAAUCCCCGGCUAUAUUGAAUAAUUCUAUCCAGUUAUUGUAACUGUAACAAUGAGACAGCUACCGUCUUUCAGCAGUGGUGAUAAUUUCGCGAGAAUAUAUAUAUUUGAGGGUGAUUUCCGUUAAUCUUCCGAGGGCUUCUGCUUUCUCUAGAUAAGCGAAAUAGGAGUGCUUCGACAUUCGUGCACAUCUAAACACUCAUCGUUUUCCCUUGGCCAGCCAACCCCCUCACACUUGCUCCUCCCACUGCCCUUCACACUGCCCUCACACUCUUGAUCUUUAACCGCAUUAUCCGCUGUUGGAUCCGGCAACAGUGCGUUCAAGAAGAAUCGACUAUUUUUUAAAUAUCACGUGUCAAAUUAAUGAGCGGGCCAGGUAGCCGCGAUAUACAUGUCGCAUGGGCGGAGACCCCAAAAACUCGACUCGAGGCCCGACCCCGUCUUACGCGAUUAUAUUAGAAAAAAAAAAAUUCAUUCUCUAACUUCCGUGAAGUUUCAUCUCUCGUUUUUGCGAACUCGUUCCAGAUUCGUUCAUCCCCCGCGACCGCCCGCGGGGGAUCGCGACAACUCCACGUACUUCUCUAAAUAAAUAAAUAAAUAAAAAGAAACGAAGUAGAACGCGCGAAGAAAUAACGAUUAUGUGAAAUAAAUAAAUAAAUAAAUAUAAAUAUAUAUGAAUAUAUUGAGAAGAAAUAUAAAUAUAUAUAUGUACACACGAGAGGAGCUAGAGUGGCCAAUUAUAGCAGUAACCGUCGAUCCACGAAUUUGC